AUGCUAAUGCCCAAGGUUUCCGCAUGGGAUAUCAUUGCUGUUACAGAAACUUGGUUGACGGAUGACAUUCUCGACUCUGAGUUGGGCCUACCGGGUAUGUCUCUUCUCAGACGCGAUCGUCCAACAUGCGAGGGUGGUGUUCUACUUUAUCAUCGAGGCGAUCUCCAGUGCGAUACAGUUGAUCCUGCUGUUACAGCCCAAGAAAAAAUUUGA